AUACUGAAUUUCUCAACAAAAGGCAUUCAAUGAACAGAAACCUAACCGAGGCGAACUCAGCAGCUCCAUUGGUGAACUUCAUGAAGUUGCACCUGCAUGCAUUUUCUGGAACUGACGCAGUGCUAUACCUAAGCCACAAUUUGUUUGCUCGUUCGCAUAAAGGAACAAACCGGUAUGACAUACUCAAAGGAGUGGCAUAUACUGGAGGUGCCUGCAGUGUCCUGGGUUGUGGUAUAAUAUAUGUGGACUCGGAUAUAGUGAGCAGUGCCUCUACGAUUACCCACGAAGUACUUCAUAUCAUAGGCUCGGGACAUGAUGGGAGACCAGCGCACGAUUACCUCAAAAAUAGCCCAGGUGCCCUAAAAUGCCCUGAUAACCCAAAAUUUAUUAUGGCAGAAUAUUUUCAGCCACAGGCGGAGACCUACCUCCCAUUGUCUACUUGUACCCGCGAUCAAGUUAAAGCUUUCCUAACAACUCGAUAUGGUAACUGCCUUUUAAAUAACCAGGCUAGAAAGUAUCCACCGCUGUCUCAAGCCAUCUUCCGAAAACCCAUCGUGGACGGAACUCGGUAUUGCAAAUACCUCCACAAUGAUACAUCUAAUGUGGAAUAUGUGCCGGUCUGCAUUUCCAAGAUUUGCAUGGAUAUUCCACGUAAACCGCCAUCAUUACACAAUUGGUUAUCUACUCACGCAAGUGGUAAUUUCCAGAUAUCGGAUUCCCUGCAUAAAUAACACAGGGGCUAAAAGUCGCACCUUCAAGCCGCAAUUCACCAGACGCCAGU